GGCUUCAUGAGUGAUGCAUGCAGUAAGCUGCUCUGCCCAGUGGAAUGGUGCUGGGAUGACCCACUUAUCAGGGCUGGCAUCUGUGACUGCACAACUGCUUUCAUCGUAUCCAAGAAUUCAUGGCUGUCAUUCAUGUAUGAAAAUUAUGAAGUGGACACCAAGAAUCUGGAGUGUGGUUUGAUGAAGUCAAAGUUAUUAGUUAUGGGGUUCAAGGCCAUAUUUACUUCUCCUUCCUCAGCCAAUGAAGUGGAUUGUGAAGGGGAUGGCACCAAUAUUCUUGAGAACCACUGGCGCAUAUCAAGCCAAGUAAAGACUUGCAUGGCCUCCAUCAUAGGUAUGAGAAAGGUGACACCUCACGCAAUUGUGUACAUUGCUUGUCAAGUCCGAUUUGCACUUUCCUGUAUCACCUCCUGGUGCACUGUGGAUGGAGACUUCAACUAUCAGCUUUUUUGGAACAAUAUUGUGGAUUUCUUUGAGGAUGCCCCAGGUCCAGCUGUGCAAGUCAGGCUGAAUGGGCUUCUUGAAUGGUGGACCAGGUAG